CCGGAUUUAUAACGCCACCGUUUGUAAAAUACACACACCGCCCCAACCCCCCCCUCCAACAUUCUUCUAUCCUCCCCGUCCUGCGGGCACCAGGACCGGCUGCUUGGCGUCUGUCUCGCGCCUGGCCGGUUGGAUGUUAUUUUUAGUGUCCGGUUGUUUCGUGUUGCAGUGUGGGGAGUCACGAUAGAUCAUUUUCCUCUACAGCCCAACCGGGAGACGCUCACGCCGAGUUACGGAGAAUCCUGGUAGAAUAACGGAUAUAACGGAUACGGGCCCUCCGUGAGCCUUAACCGGUGGAAUAACAAGCCCAGCUGUCCGGUAGGAAUUAAGGGACGACAUUGCCGAGCUUUUCUUAACGGAGAAAGGAUAUUUAAACCCCACGAACGCACCAUAGCCUACUGAAGCCGUUAUCAGAGAUGGCCAGCACCGGGACUGAGCGCGAGGAACCUCACGUUCCCCUGGACGAACUGAGACAUCCCGAGCCUGCAUUCAGAGAGGCGCAGAAGUGGAUCGAGGAGGUGACGGGAAAAAGUUUCGGUGAAAAGGACUUCCGGGGCGGCCUGGAGAACGGGAUCCUGCUCUGCGAGUUACUGUGUUCCAUCAGACCAGGUUUGGUCCAGAAAAUCAACAGACUACCCUCGCCCAUCGCUGGACUGGACAACCUGUCAGUGUUCCUCAGAGGCUGUGAGGAGUUGGGUCUGAAAGGUUCCCAGCUGUUUAAUCCAGGAGACCUUCAGGACACCUCCAUACAAGCCAACCUCAGGGACUCAGAAUGCAGUAGAAAACUGAAGAAUGUAUUAAUUACAAUAUUCUGGCUGGGGAAGGCAUCCAGUGUGUGUCCCUCCUAUGACGGCCCUGUCCUAAACCUCAGAGAGUUUGAGGGACUGCGAUCACACAUGAGAACGCUGAGUGAGGACAGGUCUGGGUCAGACAGUGUGAGGCCAGGUGUGAGGGACAGUGGUUACGACUGCUGGGACUCAGAGCGGAGUCAGUCUCUCUCUCCCCGACAACACACACGGGGCAACUCCCUGGACAGCCUGGAUUCUUUUGGCUCGCGCUCCCAGACUAGCCCCUCCCCCGAUGUCAUCAUCCAUGGCAACAGUGAUGUUGACUCAGACGGCGAUGCCCCCAACAGGAAGGCAGAUGUCCGUCGUGAUGACAUGUUAGCUCGUCGUACGUCGGCCGGUGACUCACGGACCUUUGUCCCCUUUAACCAGUUCCUGCCUAAUCGGAACGUCUCUGCCUACGUUCCCACCACCAGACGCAGAUCACGGCCCCAGGAUGGAGAGCACGGCAGGUUGAGCAGGAGAGUGUCUAAGAUGUCUGAGGAGUUGGAGAGCAUAAGUAUAAUUAACAUGCACAGUGAGGAAGAGGGGGCGGGACUACUUCAGCCUCUCGGCCAAUCACGAUAUGAUGGCAUGCAGGAACAGUACAGCAAUCACCAGGAGGAGGAGGAAUGGCAAGACGACCUAGCCCGGUGGAAGAGUCGUCGCCGCAGUGCUUCUCAGGAUCUGAUCAGGAAGGAGGAGGAGAGGAAGCGGAUGGAGAGGAUGAUGAAGGAGGAGGAGGGAGGCCACACCCAGAAGAAGAAGAACAUCAAGACGUACAGAGAGAUCGUAGAGGACAAAGAGCGUAGGGAGGCGGAGCUGUGUGAUGCAUACAGGAGGGCGGGCUCUAAAGCGGAAGCUGCCAUGGUUCUCCAGCGUUACGCUCUCCGCUUCACCAUCAGUGAUUCAACGCUGGACAGUCUGCAGCUACCUAGAACCAUCACUACUGACCAGAACCCUGAGUCUAGAACACCUGCUACCAACCAGAACCCUGAGUUUAGAACCACUACUACCAACCAAAACCCUGAGUCUAGAACACCUGCUACCAACCAGAACCCUGAGUCUAGAACCAUUACUACCAACCAGAACCCUGAGUCUAGAACCAUUACUACCAACCAUAACCCUGAGUCUAAAACCAUCACUACUGACCAGAACCCUGAGUCUAGAACCAUUACUACCAACCAGAACCCUGAGUCUAGAACCAUUACUACCAACCAUAACCCUGAGUCUAAAACCAUCACUACUGACCAGAACCCUGAGUCUAGAACCUUUAGUACUGACCAGAACCCUAAGUCUAGAACCAUUACCUCUGACCAGAACCCUGAGUCUAGAACCAUUACUGCUGACCGGAACUCUGAGUCUAGAACCAUUACUACUGACCAGAACCCUAACCCUAGAACCAUUAUUACUAACCAGAACCCUGAGUCUAGAACCAUUACUGCUGACCACAACCCCGACUCUGACCCUGACAACCCAGAACGAGCUGGAAACGGACUAGAGGCCCUGCAGACUGACACAAAGCAAGAGCCCCGAGCCCCCCCCAAAAAACAUAUCUCUGUCACACACACCCAACACACACAGCUCCAAACCCAAAACACCCAACACACCCAACACACGCACAGACAAAACCACUCCACACAAAAUCAGCACACACUCCCCCUCCUAUCUCCCCCCCUCACGGCCCCUCCCUCUCCUAACAGCCAAGCCCUACUGCCAGCCACCACAGACACAGCCUGGACACAAGCCUGUUCAGGUAGAUGGCUUGGUGAGGGUGAAUGGAGAGACUCUCCCGUCCUCCCCGCCUUCCUCACCCCUUCAAUCCCCCUCCUCACCCAUUCACUCCCCCCAGCCAACCGAACACCCUGGUGCCAAUCAGAAGACACAGGUGUCGGCCGUCAGCGCCCUGAUUGGAGGGAGGAACUGUGUUGUCACGACGACCAUCGUGACGGAACUCACCCAGACACACCUGCAGCCACGUCCGUUAGAUAUGCUCAGCAACACACAGGUGAACGGCUCCAUGGCAUUGUCAAGGAGAUCAGGGGAGGAGGCGGGGUCUGACUCUUCAUUGCUUAGCAACCAGAACACCUACUCAUCCUCGGUGACAGGAGGACUGGAGGGGAGCAGUGGGACGAUGGAGAGCCCCAUGUUGAACCUGGCUAAGCGUGUAGAUCACUGGGUGUGGAACCCUGAGGAUGAGAGGAGACGACAGGAGAAGUGGCAGCAGGAGCAGGAGAGAUUCCUACAGGUGUGUGAGAGGAGACUACAGGAGAGGUGAUAACAGG